AUGGCUAAAACCCAGCCUAAAAAACAAGCUGCUAAAAAAGUAGUGAAAAAGAACAAUCAACCAAAGAAGACAAAGAAGAAGGUGGAAGAGUCUGAGUAAGAAAGUGAAUAAGAAGAAGAGUCUGAUUUCAAUGCAAGCGAUGUUGAUUUUAAAGAAGAAAGUGCAGAAGUAGAAGAAUCAGUAGAGGAGGAGGUAUCUGAAAGUUUUGAGGAGAUUGUAGUCAAGAAAGCUUCAAUUAAGAAAAUAACUAAAGUUAACGCUAGGGCUUCUCCGUCUAAGCAGUCAACACCAAAGAAGAAUAAGCCAAUCAAGAAAGAGAAAUCUUCAAGUAAGAAAGCUGCAGAUAAAAAGAAAAAGUCCUCGAGAUCUGACAAAAAAGACAAGAAAAAGAAUAGUAAUAAAUCCAGAUCAGCAGGAGGCAAGAGCUCAAAAUCAAAUGGAUCUAAGUCAGUUAAGAAGGAGAAGUAAAAAGAUGAAGAAGAAGAUGAUCCUAAUAAGAUAUUUGAUAUGCCAGGCUAGGUGAAGCAAGCUCCAGAUGAUGGCGAGGGAAUUAGAGUAUUUUAUGAGAGUUUAUAUCAGCAAAAACCAAAUAGUAAAAUGGCAGAGCUAUGGCUACUGAGACAUGGCUUGUUGCAAUUUGACAAGGCUAAAGAAUUAAUUGAUAAAAUUAAGAAAGAGGAGAGAUUAAACAGGAGAUGA